AUGAGAAAUGAAAAAGUUUACGUCAUACUAGAAGACGCCGCGAUUACAGACACUCAGGUCCAUGGAGCACAUGAAAGUAGCGAAUGGAAUGCGAACUACGGAGUAGUGAGCAUAAGCGAAAUGUCACGAAGGAUGAGGGACCAGAGCGACCGUAAGGGAGCUCUAGCUAGUGAUGUGGAUGUACUAUGGAUGUUGGACGAGCGUAUUGAGCCUCUGGAUGGAGUCUAG